UUCCGUAGCUGACGAAGUCCGGUUGAAAAUGAAACCUUGAAUGUGUUACAUGUUUUGUUUAUCUUAAGUACAAUUUAGCGCUUACUUUAUGAACACAACAUUCAAAUGGAUAAGCAUUGCUCAAUAAGAAAAAGUGAAUCUGACAUCAUUUCCGAAAUUCCAGGACAACCGUACUGCAUUUCAGUAUUGAAAGAGGGAUACUGUAGAGCUGAAACAGACGGCUCGUUUAAAGCUGACGGUACCAUCACGUUAAUAACAGGGCCACAAACUAUUCUAGUAGACACCGGGGGCCCGUGGGAUCGAGAAUUUCUCGUCGUAAAACUUAAGGAGAAAGGUUUAACACCAGGCUCUGUGGCUGUAGUUGUCGGGACUCAUGGUCACUCUGACCACGUGGGAAACUUGGGUUUGUUUCCACACGCCAAAAUAAUCGUGGGAUGUGACAUAAGCGUGGGUGAUCGAUAUCUGCCAAAUCAACUAGCUGAGGGACAACCAUACCCUAUUGAUGACUGUGUAUCAAUCAUUCCCACUCCUGGACACACAGGCAGAGAUGUCAGUGUCUUAGUGAAAGGAACCUUACAAGGUACGGUCCUUGUUGCAGGGGACUUGUUUGAACGCUGCCAUGAUGAGGACUCCUGGAGGGAGCUGAGUGAGAACCCCCAGGUACAAGAGAUCAACCGAGAGUUGGCAUUAAAGACUGCUGAUGUCAUCAUUCCUGGACAUGGGCCAUUGUUUCGCGUGCACAGAGAAUGAUGACAUUUGUCAAGGGUAGCUGGAGCUAUGAUGAAACCUCACCACAUGACAAAGCACUGUAUUAUGCUUUUUACUGUUUACUAUAGGAAACUGUAGUAAUUCAAAGCAAAUGCAUGCAGUAAAUGCAUCGUAAAUAUAGCGUAUUUUGUAUGGAGUAUUUUUAUGUGGGUGACCUAGAAGAAUUUAUGAAUGCAUUUUCAUCACUGUGAUGGAAAUUUUGUCAGGUUCUUAAAAAUUAAAAAGUAUUAAAAGUAAAAAAUGUAUUAGAGUCAAAUCAGAGAAAACUAAAAUCUCUGUCAUCUGAACUUUAUAACUUUAUAUGUGUCACUGUAUGAAUAAUAAAUAAAUUAAGGUAAAAAUUAUGUUCAUAUGUUUUCUUAUUAAUAUGGUCAUUUAUAUAGUUUAUUGUGGCCAUUAAAUUUUUAAUUGUGGCUCUUAUCGCAGUCUUUCAGUUUACAGGUAUUGGCUAAGCAAGACAAUUUAUUAGUUUAUUAGUUGUUUUAUCAGAUUUCGAACAAAUAAGACAAAUUGGUUAUAAAACGUCAGAUGUUAUGACGCAGUCAUUCUAUGACCACCAAGUAAGGUCAAAGUUUUCUUUAUAUGCUUUUUUUUGUGGAGUUUUUAACACUUUAAAGGGGCCAUGGCAUGAAAAUAUUAGCAAAAAUGCCACAGGUCAUUGAAAUUUAGCUCUACUUAUGAUGUCACAAGGAGAUCUUAUUAUAAUAAUACCACCCCUUAAUCUGCACAAUCCAACCACAGCACUGGCAUUUAGUGCAGACAGAAAGACAAAGAGAAAAAAUUAUUGACAGCACAAUUGGGUUUGAAUUGCAUCAAACCACCAUCAUUGUGAUCAGUGUUUGCACUUCAUCCGUUCAUUUGCAUGUUAAAGGACACACCCAAAACGACUACUUUUGGCUCACACCUACAGUGGCAAUGCUAACAUUUUCAUGCCAUGGCCCCUUUAAGUUUUAUAUAUUUAUGUAUUUUUAUACUUGUGCACUUAACAUUAAACUUUGACUUCAAUAGCAAUUAGAUAUAUUAAAGAUCCAAAAGAUUGUGCGCCAUUCAGCAUGGAAUUCAGUGAGCUUUUUACAUUACAUUACAAUUCAAUUCAAGUCCUCAAUUUACAUUGAAUUUAGGGCUGGGCAAUCGAUUUUUCGAUUAAUUAAGGGUUUUUUACGUGGUUGAUUAAAAAUCGUUUCUUUAAGGCCACAAAUCGAUUUAAAAAAAAAAAGAAAUAACCUGAUCCUGUUUGAUCAAGGAAUGCGACUGUUUUGACUUUUUUCAGCAUAAAUUUUUCAUCUUGCAUCAAAAUUGUAUUGUAUUUAACAUAAUUGUAUGCAUUUGAAAAUUAGACAUGGGUUCUGUUUUAAUGUACCCAAGUGUACCUAAAAUAAUAAAGGGUAAUAUACAGGUUGGUGGCUCUUAAUUUCUUUUUAUUGAUAAUUACCCACUUCACUGUAUUUUUUAAAAUAAACAA